AUGGAUCUUGAAGCACUAGACAUGGAUCUCGAAGCAGACAUGGACCUCGAAGCACUAGACAUGGAUCUCGAAGCAGACAUGGACCUCGAAGCACCAGCCAUGGAUCUCGAAGCACUCCAAAAACCCAUAAGCAAUCAAACUGAUGUGGCCAUGAAGAUAACAAAACAACUCGUUGAAUCUGAAUUCAAGAACAAGAACAUGGUCUACUCCCAAUGGCAGGCGGACCCACGUUUGAACUUCACAAACGGUCUCUGGGUUGAUGAGUCUACUCCUCUUGAGGAAUCAUACAAAAAAGUUGCGUUGGAUUCAUACAAGGCGGCUCUGAACGAGAUUCUUCCUCCUGGCUCAGUCCACACUGUGACGGGUCUCAUAUAUGCAAAUGCCUUGUACUUCAAGGCAACUUGGAACGACGAUUACUUCCAUAAACCACCAAAGUCGAAAGACCUUAAGUUUUAUCUUCUGAAUGGAGACUCAGUGAAGGGAGUGCCUUACAUGACUAGUCGUCAUGAACACUAUAUCGCUGUCUUUGACGACUAUAAAGUCUUGAGUCUUCGUUACAGGAAAUGUGCUCUGGAGGACUUUGACAAUGGCACAUAUAAAUUCGACCCUCGAUCUUUCUCUAUGUUGUGGCUACUUCCUGAUGCAAGAGAUGGGCUGCCAGCUCUGGCUGAGAGAGUUUGUUCCAAGCCCGGGUUCUUUGACCGCCAUCUUAACUGUGAGAGUUUUACGAGUGUUAAGGUGAAGAAAUUCUUGAUUCCUAAAUUUAAGAUUUCGUCCCGGUUUGAAGCCGCGGGUGUUCUGCAGAAACUAGGGCUGGGGGGUGCUUGUGAUUCAAUGGUGAUAUUUCACGAAUCUGUAAUAGAGGUUGAUGAAAAUGGCACCACAGCGGCAGCAGCUACUUGUGCGCAAGAGGAAGAGAGCAUGGGUUCGCCCACUAAGCCUAAAGUGAUAAAAGAGUUUUUGGCUGAUCACCCCUUCAUGUUUCUCGUAAGGGAAAACUGCACGGGAACGGUUUUGUUCAUUGGGCAGGUACUCAAUCCUAUUGCAGGCUGA